AUUCUUAGUUUAUUUAAAGAUUUGAAAGUCCACAAUAUUUUAUAAAAUGACUAACCUGCUUUUAAGUACCGAAAACGGUGUUGUUCGAAAGAAAUUUAAUUGCAACCCUGUUGAGAUGUAGCACAGUUUGUUUUCUGCUAUUAUAAACAAGACAUUAUUGAAUAAAAAGUGCAAUAUUUUAAUAAGAAACACGGUAAUUCUAGAUUUGUAUUUAUUUAUUUAUAAGUUUCCGAAACUUAUGAUGUUAUAGUAUAUAAAGCACAUACAUUUAUUGAUCGUCGACGUCGCCUGAUAUUAUUGGCCACUGCCUACGAAAACGGAGAAAAACAAACACCAAAAGCAGUGGACUAAACAAAGAAAGGUGGAAUACAAUCGAUGAAAAUUUCAAAUUUUCUUAUCAGUUCGUGGCGUAUCUGAUAACUAUUUUACCAAUUUAUAAAGCUAGUUUAAAAACUUGUGAUAAAACAGUAUUUCUUUUGACCCGGUUUAUGAGGAGAAGUAUUGUUGUUUGCCAUUCGUUACAAGAAGAAAUAAAAUUAAAGACAGAAGAAAGUGUGACGUGUCACAAACAAUCACGAUACUCAGAAACAGUAUCUAUUAGAUUUUUUAUUAAUUUGUAAUCACUACAAAAAUGUGUGGCACAAAUUCGACAAGUACAAAUGGCACACGCGCCCUGAUACUCGUAGGUGGCUAUGGAACACGACUCCGUCCUUUGACACUUAGCACACCAAAACCACUGAUAGAGUUUGCGAAUAAACCUAUUUUAUUACACCAGCUUGAAGCUUUAGUUAGUGCCGGAUGUACGCAGGUUAUACUUGCUGUUUCAUACCGCGCUGAGCAAAUGGAAAAGGAACUGAAACAGGAGGCAGAAAAAUUAGGCGUUAAUUUAAUAUUUUCACAUGAAAACGAACCCCUCGGUACGGCGGGACCACUGGCGUUAGCGAAAGACAUUCUCAAUUCCAGCAAAGAACCCUUUUAUGUGUUGAAUUCGGAUGUGAUUUGUGAUUUCCCUUUUAAACAAUUAGAACAAUUCCACAAAAACCAUGGCAAAGAGGGCACAAUAGUUGUAACGAAAGUCGAAGAGCCGUCCAAAUACGGCGUAGUGCUGUACGAUGAACAAGGUCGCAUUGAAAAUUUCAUUGAAAAACCGCAGGAAUUCGUAAGCAACAAAAUUAAUGCCGGUAUAUAUAUAUUUAAUCCCUCCGUGCUGGAUCGUAUAGAAGUUAAGCCAACAUCGAUUGAAAAGGAAGUUUUCCCCGUUAUGGCCGACGGGGGACAACUGUAUGCAAUGGAAUUGCCUGGUUUUUGGAUGGAUAUAGGACAGCCUAAAGAUUUCCUAACAGGCAUGUGCCUUUAUUUAACAUCAUUACGGCAAAAGCAAUCAUCCAAACUUUAUACCGGACCCGGAGUAGUGGGAAAUGUUUUAGUGGAUCCCACGGCGAAAAUUGGCGAAGGUUGUCGUAUUGGGCCAAAUGUUACUAUCGGCCCAGAUGUAGUAAUUGAAGAUGGUGUAUGUAUCAAACGUUCAACGAUUCUCACAGGUGCCAUAGUUAAGUCGCACUCAUGGUUGGAUUCCUGCAUUGUUGGUUGGCGUUCGGUUGUAGGUCGUUGGGUACGUUUAGAGGGUAUAACUGUACUCGGCGAAGAUGUUAUUGUAAAGGAUGAAAUCUAUAUAAACGGUGGACAGGUACUGCCACAUAAGAGUAUAUCCGCAAGUGUGCCAGAGCCGCAGAUAAUAAUGUAAAUGUUUGCUAAUUAUAUUUUACAGAUUAUUUUACUGUAUUAUACAUAUAUAGGUAUUGGGAGAAGCUUUCUAUGAUUUUUUUUCCUAAUAUGCCCCAAUUGUUAUUUUGUCUUUACAUGAGCGAAACUUUAAAAUUGGAUUGUUUGGCAUUUCCAUUUAGAUUUAUAAAAAUUUAAUUUAAUUUUUAAGCGUACAUACAAAUAUGUAUGUAUGUAUGUAGAUAUAAAUUGCUCCGAAAAAAAGUCAAAAUUAAAUGGUUUCCCCAGCAGAAAACAUUUAAGCGCAAUGUGUUUAUAAUGUGACACAUAGAUAUGAACACAAAACUGGUAACUAUGUACAUAUGUACGUGUUAAAAAAAAUGUGCUAAAUGUUCGCGCAAGCAUAUUAUUCUUAAGAUAACAACUUUUUAUAAAUAAACUUGUAUUAUUAUGACAUCUACGAAAUAAUAGACAUUGGAAUUAAGUAUGCAAUUUAAAUUCUAAAUAGUAUUUAUUUUUUUAUGGUAAAAUAAAAAAUUAUUAAAAUUUAAAUUAUAAACACAUAUAAUGAAAAAUGUGUUUUAGUUACUACCGUUAUGCAUAUACCAUUUAUCGUACAUAAACAUAAAUAUGUAGCUUUAGUAGAUAUUUCGCCUCCAAUGACAUCUUUAUAUCUGUAUAACUGUCAAAAAGCGGGUUCUUGAAGAAUAAAUUUAUAAUUUUUUAUUCGAUUUCAACAGCAUAAAUUGGUUGUUUUUAUUAUACACUCAAACGCAGUAAACACCUAAAUUUGCAUUAGAUAGUGUAUUCAAGUGUUGGCUGCAUAGAGUUAGCAAUUAAAAUGCUAUAUUGUUUUUUUGUCAUAGAUUUUAUUGAGUUUAUAAUUAUUUUUAUAUAGUAAUUGCAAUUCAAAUUGUAAUUAUAGGUAAUUGUGGUAUUUUGUUUACAAUUUUUGUAAUAUUUCUUCGUAUUUGUUGCUUUUUUGUUAUUGUAGUUGCUAAAUACAUUAUGUAUGUAUGUAAUACAUUACGCUAAGAUUUUUAUUUUAUCUUUGUUAAUCUUUCAAAUUACAUGUCAUUCAUAUUGUUUUUGCUUAUAAUAUUCUUGUUUCAUUCUACUGACUUGUUCUCGCCGCACAUUGCAUUCUCCAGUUAAAGAGAACAGCUUUCAUAUACUUAUAUAUCCUUCCACAUUUUCGCACGCCUUAUAUAGAUGCUUCUUAUUCGAAAGUUAGUAUAUAUGUCAGCAUGUUUGCAAUAAAAAUUUUAAAUAUCACAACACACAUGUUUCUUCAUUUUUGUUUUUUGUUUUUAUGUAGUAUUACAGGCGUUUCAUUGGUUUGCUUUUGUGUGUAAUAUAGCGGUAAAUUUGCUUAUGAAUGUUUUAAUAAAGACGUUCACACCAACUACUACACUUAAAACAACGCGUGAACGCCACUAUUUAAAUUAAUUAAUUUCUUUAUACAUACGUGCUGUACAUACAUACAUAUAUGUAUGUGUAUUCCAAUGUUAAGAACUUAAAUUAAAAUGUUAAAAUUAUUGCGAUUAUUAUAUAUAUAUAUAUAUAUUACUAAACUAAAUUGUUCAUUGCAGACAAAAUAAAUGUGAAGUUUUACUUUUGUAAUUAUAGCAACUGUGAAUCGUUAUAACUAAAUGAGGUCUGUUUAUGUAUAACUAUAAACAUACAUACAUAUAUUUGAUUUGAUGUACAUUACUUAGUUUUUGUCGUUUUCGUUAUUUUUUUAGAUGCAUUACAAAUUAUUGCAUCUGUAGUAUUGAUCUGCGCAUAAUUGGCAGUUUUUUAUUUUAUUUUUUUUUGAAAUCUUAAUAUUAUUAAUUAUUUUAAUUGAUUAUUGAUUAUAAUACUUAUUUGUUGAGUGCACCCCCUUCAAAUAGCAUACGAUUACAUAAUAACUAAGUUAUACACACAUAAAUCAAUACAGUAAUGAAACAUAGGCUGAGUGAAUAGGACGCAUAAGUAAUCGCAUACGAGAACACAAAAGCACACAGGAAGCUUAAAUGUUUCCAAUUACUAUUACAAUUAGUGAUAGUUUUGUAAUAUAAGAUGCAUAUAUUUAAGUUCUUUGUAUAAAUAAAGUAUAUGAAUAAACUGAAUAAAAUUCGAA